AUGUCAGAUAUCGGGGACUGGUUUAAAAGCAUCCCUUUCGUCACCCGCUACUGGUUCGCGGGCUCCAUUGCGGUGCCUCUUAUCGGGAAACUGGGAUUAAUCAGCCCGGUGAACCUCGUGCUGUGGCCAGAAGCUUUCUUCCACAGAUUCCAGAUAUGGAGACCUUUCACUUCAACACUGUAUUUCCCGGUGGGUCCAGGAACAGGGUUUCUUUAUCUGGUCAAUCUGUAUUUCCUCUACCAGUACUCCAGCAGGCUCGAAACAGGGGCCUUUGAUGGAAGACCAGCAGACUACAUUUUCAUGCUCCUGUUCAACUGGAUUUGCAUUGUUAUAACAGGCUUAAUGAUGGAUAUGCAGCUCCUCAUGAUCCCUCUGAUCAUGUCCGUCCUGUAUGUCUGGGCCCAGCUGAAUCGAGACAUGAUUGUAUCCUUCUGGUUCGGUACAAGAUUCAAGGCCUGCUAUCUCCCUUGGGUCAUUCUGGGAUUCAACUACAUCAUCGGCGGCUCCAUUGUGAAUGAGCUGAUUGGAAAUUUAGUGGGUCACCUUUACUUCUUCCUCAUGUUCAAAUACCCAAUGGACCUGGGCGGCAGAUCCUUCCUCUCCACUCCACAGUUCCUCUACCAGUGGUUCCCAAAUCGACGAGGUGGGGUGUCUGGAUUCGGUGUCCCACCCAGCAGGAGACCUGCGCCACAGGAUCAGGCAGGAGGAGGGGGUGGCGGUGGCGGCGGCGGUGGUGGUCGUCACAACUGGGGUCAAGGCUUUCGGCUCGGGGACGACUGAGGACAUUCUCCUGCAAAGCCUCAGAGGAUACUGAUGCUUACUUAGAUACAUAUUGAGACAUUGAUGCUGCAGAACACAAGUUUUAUACGUUUCAGGUUUUUGGUUUAGUUUUUGUAUCUCUCCCUCCAAAUGCAAAACAGAUUUAAAACGGAACUCCUCCAUGGAUUCGCAUCAGCGUGUUUAUUGACCUUUUUUCUCUUGAUGCAAUAUCGUAUGUCACACUAUAAUUGAGUUUUCUUGUGUGCAGUGGGCAGCCUUGCAGAAAUAGGUGCCCAGGUACUGUCCAGAGGACUGUUAUUUCUUUUUCCCAGAAUACAAGCGGAGGGUACACACUCUGGCAGUGUAUGCAGGCUUCAUUUUAUGUGCUUUCAUUGAAUACUUUAGUUGUUUUCAGAGUUUUGUCACCGUCAUGUUGAUUGUCCAGUGAAGAAUAUUAACUUGUUCCUGUUCGGUAAUGGAAUUUUGAAGAUCUACAUGUCUUACGUUUGUAAUUGCUAAUUUUAUUAGUCAACUGAUUUUGUUCAAGACUUAAGUUAUUUUAACCUUUCUCCUAACAUCUGGGUCUAAUGAGUUUCUUUCCUAAACAAAACUUUGGUGCAUCUCUGGAAUAAGUAUUUCUAGAUGCCAUAGAUUUAAACAUCCAAAUCCUAACUCAUAACAUGGAGUUUUACAGUAGUGAGUAAUCUGAAAUGAGUCAUAAAUACAACUUGCAGAUGGAGCCAUGCAUGGUUCAGGCUGAUUAUUCAUAAAACAAAUAGUGCACAAAUGGCAGCUUAUCAUAAAGGCUCAAACAAGCUACAGUUAAACUGCCACUAACUAUAAACACUCAAGUCAUUAUUGCCUUAAAAUACUACCUGGGCAUUUAGCAGUUGUAUAAUAAAUCUAUGGGGAAAAAAAAAAACAACCGUUGAAAUUCUUCUAAAUGAAAGCUAUGGUAGGCAUGUCCAAAUGCAGUUCUGGAAGGUUACAGUACCACAGUACUGACUUUUUCCUAAUCUGAAACUCUGUACUGAGUGCAUCAUUAAGCCCAUCAUUAAAAGAAUCAGGUAUUAGACCAGAAAUAACAUGUCCACUGUUGUGGCCUUCCAGCACUGGUGACUAUAUGUUUGAGGCUAUACACUGUAGCUCUGUGAAUGUGAUUGCUAUGGCAUAGAGUCUAUCAGCCAUCAUUCAUUCUCUUGGAGAGAAAUUAUUACAAAUGCUUGAAAUGAUGAAAACAAUAGCCUAUAAUGAAAGUGGUAUGAUUGUGUAAGUCAUAUGGCAACAUGUUGCCAAAAUCUUUUUCAAACAGGAAGUCAAAUAAAAUGUUACUGCUG